CUUCGUCUCAUCGGCUAGAAAAGCGUCAUGGUUCCUCCGAGGAAAGGCGAUUACCUAGGCCGGAGCGAGGGCUCGGAUCGGUCUCCUGACGAAGACGAAUCGGCCUCGCCCUCGGCGGAUCUUUCUUCGGGGACAAAAAGGGUCAGCCCCGGCAGAGACGCUUUCGCCCGGAGACUUAGAGAUGUCCUUAGUGGAGAAUCGGAUGACUGGGAGGCCGCGGUGCUGCCGUGGCUCCAGGCGCUGGACCUGCAUCUUCCUGGCGCCUGCCGUGCGGACGAGAGAUCGAAGCCUCUGCUUAAGCUCAACGUAUCAGGCGGAUCGGCGAAGGAGAGGCUUCUGGUGCAGUUAACCCAGCAUUUUGAAACAUCGGAAGUAGGGAUGUUAGCAAGGUGCUUGUGCGUUCCUCUUGUUUCUGUUCGUGUAGGGAAGGUCAUGAAGCAAGGGAACAUUCUAUGCCCGAUUGAUAAAAGGGGGCAACUAAAUCUCAACCUCUUGCCAUGUUCUAACAUGCGCCUCUCAUUCAUUGGGGAUGAUGGACGUAUAGAGAGAUUAGCUGUUUUGAGUAAUGACUGUGAUAGUCCUGAUGUGGUUAUCGAAGAGAUAUAUGCUGAUGCUUCUGGUCGUUCCUUCCUGCUAAAGCUACCUGGACCUCAGAUCUUAUAUUAUUGGUGCUCAGAGAAGUCUAAGAGCCAUGGACUUGAAUUGCUUGAUAAGAUGAAAGAUUUACUUAGAAGAAAGCCCUCUUUGACCUGUCUUACCGGAAUCUCUGAAUCACACCUUGAUUCAUUUGCAACUCACCUUCAUGCAUAUCUUCUCGAGUGCUUGAGCAGUGUAGAAGUUAGUCCAGCUGCCUCUGGUCUCAGUGAAACUGAAUGUCAGCCUUCAUGUUCAGUUUCGAGAUUGUUGCGUCCACGCACUAUGUCAGCACAUGCUGGAAAGGUUCAUUCUUUAUGCCAAGGCAGUCUUUGUCGAAGGCUAAACUGCUUCAAAGAUGAAAAGCCAAGAAUAUCAUCCUCCAUCCGGACAAGGGAGAAAGUGAAGCGCCAUGGAGACGCCCAUCUGAGCACAUCAACGAGAAGCUCUGAACUGAUUGCUUCAGUUUCUACUUCAAGUACAGCUGUUGUGUAUUUGAGCAAACAGGAGAAUGACAAUCAAAGUGACACAGAUGGAAGUUCAACGCUAUCCAGUUGCCUUCCUGAUAUCCCAUCAUUGCCUUCUCCUUUCGCAUCAUUGAGCCCCGUCUCUAUUCAUCUACCUCUUUCACAGAUUAUUAGUAGUUCAAGUUCCUUUUCUCCCUACUACUGCUGGUGUCCCCCUUGUCCAUCUUCGCUGCACCCUUUCCAUAUCUCAACAACUCCUGAGUUGAUGCCCCUUCCACCUUUGUCUUCUUUGUUGCCCGUUGUUUCAUCCACAGGGGCAUCUGUUCCAGCUAAGCUGCCUAUUGAUGUUGCCGAGCUUCAAGCUCUGUCUCUCCCUAAUCUUGUUUCCGUUCCAUUAAUUCCUUCAUCAAUUUCUGUGUCAUUGAGUUUGCCAUGCUCACAACUUCCCAUCUUUACACCUUUCAUGUCUGAUCCAAUUGUCCACAUCCCGGUGAUCGAUUUUUGUUCCUCUGGCCAAGCUUAUCUUGUUAGUGCUGGACUGGCUAUAUCUUCUGUCAUUUCGCCUCUGCUUCCAGGUCUUGCUACUCCUCUGAUUCCAAAAACAGAAUCUUUGAUGGAGAAGAAUGCCAGAGAGAUGCUUCAUAUGCUUAUGGCUUCAGCACCUACUGUAUCCGGCCCACAGUUGAUGAAUGUUCUCCCUUCAGUGCUCAACAAUUUGGACAAAAAGUUUUCUUGUGCCAAUAAGGUGAACAAGCAUUCUGCAAUUACUAGCAGCAGCCAGUUGUUUUGCGAUGGUUUCUCUGAUAAGGAUACUGUUUCAACUGACUUGCCUUGCUUGAAUUUUCAUUCCAGAGGAGCUCCACUCCUAAGUGUUUCUUUUAGAUUUGACAUGGCCGACCAUUUUGACAACAAUGACAUCGAUGAACCACCAUACCAUGACAAUGAACCUUGAUGUUAAUGUCAUUAGAUUUUUGCUGUGAUGUAAUGAAAAUUUUUGAUACUCGUGCAAUUAAUGUUCCAAUUUUUUA